GCGAGCGCGACGGGUGUCCAGCUGAGGACCUCCGGGCUGGGGCCGGACCACCGCGGGGCUGGGGGAGAAACGCGCGCUUGCCGGUCCGGACCCCCCGCCCGGCGGCGCGGAAUGGUACGGCCCGGCCCGAGUUAAAGCCGGGGGAGGCGGCGCGUCCCGCGGCUGCGGCUGCGGCGGUGGCGCGAUGGGGCUGCGCGCAGGAGGAACGCUGAGCAGGGCGGACGCUGGCCGGGGGGCGCACGAGGGUCCCGGGCCCAGCGGCGGCGCGCACAACAGCAGCAUCCACUCGGGCUGCAUCGCCGCGGUGCACAACGUGCCGCUGAGCGUGCUCAUCCGGCCGCUGCCGUCUGUGCUGGACCCGGCCAAGGUGCAGAGCCUCGUGGACACGAUCCGGGAGGACCCAGACAGCGUGCCCCCCAUUGAUGUCCUGUGGAUCAAAGGGGCCCAGGGUGGUGACUAUUUCUACUCCUUUGGGGGCUGCCACCGCUAUGCGGCCUACCAGCAGCUACAGCGAGAGACCAUCCCUGCCAAGCUUGUCCAGUCCACCCUCUCAGACCUAAGGGUGUACCUGGGGGCAUCCACGCCAGACUUGCAGUAGCAGCCUCCUUGGCACCUGCUGCCACCUCCAACAGCCCAGAAGAUACACCUGGCCUCCAGCAGGCUGGACAUGCAGAAGGGGUAUCGAGGGUGCAUUCUUUUUGCACCUGGGGAAAGGGUCUGACUCUCAUCCCCCUUGGCUAGCUGCAAGGCCUGGGACUCACGCUGAACAGUAUGGGAGCCUCAGUUCCCACCUCUGUGAAAACAGGGUCAUGGCCUUACCCUCGAUGGAUUAUUGAGAGGAUGAAAAGAGAAAGGAUUUGCAGAGCCACGUGCUGCUGGCUCCAAAUUCCCAAAGACAAGGAUCUUUCUGCGUUUUUGUUUCUCUGUGCCCUAUUGUAUGGACUACCUUCAGCUGCAAGGAAAGGAAAAUCUCAGUUGCAGUGGCUUAAACAGGUUGGUUUUUCCACCUGGCAUGAAUUCUGGAGACAGGUGGCUAACGGUGUUGGUCCAACAACUGAGCGAAGGUAGGG